CCGCUGGGGGGAGAGGGAGAGUGUGCUUUAACAGUGAGGCGUGUUCUGGUGGAGACUCGAGGACCAGUCAGUCACUCUCUCAGGGAAACAGCGGGCUUCUGAUGCCCUGAAGAAAAGAAGGAGCCUCAUCGAGUUUGAAAGGACUACAUAUCCCUGAGAGCCAGACCAGUCAGAAGCAUGCCCUGGUCUGCAGUGCCCCAGGGCUGUGCCCUGCUGCUUGGGUUGCUGCUGGCCCUGCGUGGCCCCCUGGUGGCUGGAGGGCAAAAUGACACAGAGCCCAUCGUGCUGGAGGGGAAGUGUUUGGUGGUGUGCGACUCCACGCCCUCCUCCGAGCCGACGGGGAACGCUCUUGGCAUGUCGGUGCGCUCAGGAACCGGCCGCGUCGCCUUCUCUGCCUCCCGCAACACCAACCAUGAGCCCUCCGAGAUGAGCAACCGCACCAUGACCAUAUACUUCGACCAGAUCCUGGUGAAUGUGGGGGGGCACUUUGACCCCGCCCGCAGCAUUUUCCUGGCCCCCAGGAAGGGAGUCUACAGCUUCAGCUUCCAUGUAGUCAAGGUGUACAACAGGCAGACCAUACAGGUCAGUCUGGUGCUCAACGGGUGGCCAGUGAUCUCGGCCUUCGCCGGGGACCAGGACGUGACCCGAGAGGCGGCGACCAACGCGGGGCUGGUUACCAUGGAGAGGGGCGACAAGGCCUACCUGAAGCUGGAGAGGGGGAACCUGAUGGGGGGGUGGAAGUACUCCACCUUCUCAGGCUUCCUGGUCUUCCCCUUAUAGGGGGGUACAGGGGUACAGGGGAGCGCAAGGAAAGAGAACAUGAUAUGGGUUAAGUCUCCACUGUGUGCUGCCCUGGCCUGUGGAAGCGCCUGUCUCAUCUGAUCCCUCUUCCCUUCUGACGCAGAUAGGGAAGUGCUAAUAAAAGAGUGCAUCACA